AUGGAAAAUGAUCAAUUACUAUCAUAUUUAAGCCCUAGGAAAAAAUUAAGGCCACCCCCAGUUUUUCUCCCAUCAAUAGUCGAAUCACUAAAUUCACCAAAGCCGCCGCUACCACCAUCAUCAUCUUCAGAUACCAUUUUAAACCUUCAAGAAUCGCUUUUACUUCAAAAUCAACAAAAUUCACCAGCAACACGAUCAGACCCAAAUCUCACAUGGCGAAAAAUCAAUCUCCACCGAUGCAAAACGGCACCAGCAAUGGCGGUUUUAAUGGAUGCAAUCAAUCCAUCAAUCCCUAAACCUAAAUUCGGAUCCGAAUCAAUUGUAAGACAAGCUUGUAUACUUUUAAUAUUGUAUUUAUCAUUGGGUGUUGCCAUAUAUUGGUUUAAUCGUCAUCAUUUCGUCGGUCCAAAAACGAAUCCUGUUGUCGAUGCAUUGUAUUUUUGUAUCGUCACGAUGUGCACCAUUGGGUUCGGUGAUAUUACCCCUAAUAGUAACGCUACUAAGUUGUUUUCGAUCUUAUUUGUGUUGGUCGGUUUCGGAUUUAUCGAUAUUUUACUUAGCGGUAUGGUUAGUUAUGUACUCGAUUUACAAGAGAAUUAUUUGUUGAAAACGGUUCAACAUGAUGGUGACAAAAGAGAUUUAGCAACUAGUUAUAUCAUUGAUGUUAAGAAAGGGAGGAUGAGGAUUAGAUUGAAAGUUGGUUUAGCAUUAGGUGUUGUGGUACUUUGUAUUGGUAUUGGUGUUGGUGUUAUGCAUUUUGUUGAACAUCUUGAAUGGUUGGAUUCCUUUUAUCUUUCGGUUAUGUCGGUUACGACAGUCGGGUACGGUGAUCGGGCAUUUAAAACGAUGCCUGGUCGGCUUUUCGCUGCAAUUUGGUUGCUUGUAUCGACCGUUGCCGUUGCUCGUGCUUUUUUGUAUCUGGCUGAGGCUAGAGUUGAUAAGAGGCAUAGGAGGAUGGCUAAAUGGGUGCUUGGUCAAGACAUGACUGUCUCGCAAUUUCUCGCCGCCGAUAUAGACAACAACGGUUACGUAAGCAAAUCCGAGUUCGUGAUAUACAAACUCAAGGAACUGGGAAAGGUAUCGGAAAAAGACAUAAUGCAAAUCUCCCAGAAAUUCGACAGGCUCGAUUCCGGCAACUGCGGAAGGAUAUGCCUCGCCGACCUUAAGGAUAGUCAUCAUUAGUAUACAACUAUGAUUUUUGAAGGUGCAAUAGGAAUACCAACAAGUAGAGAAAAAUGGUGGGUUCAUGUUUUUGUAUUC